AUGUCUUUGGAAUCUCUCGCUAAUGAAUUACUACUCGACAUAUUCGAGUGUAUUAAUGCGAUCGAUCUCUUUCGUGCUUUCUAUGGUCUCAACACUCGGUUCAACGAACUUCUACUAGUUCACGCUCGUAUAUACCAUGUUGACUUCCAGUCAGCAUCACAACACGAUUUCAAUCAUUUCUGUCGUGCUUAUCUUCCAUUGAUUAGUCGACAAGUCGCCACGUUGCACCUGUCCAAUGAUGAUGAUGAAACACCACAUCUCCUGGAUGAUUUUCUUGAUGAUGAAUCCUUAAUCAAUCAAAUUCAUCAUGCUGAUUCAAUCGAACUCGUCAUGAAAAUUCUAUCUAAUUGUGAUCAAAUGUCCUCCCUGACUCGUUUAAAAAUAACAAACUGGUCCUGCCGUAACACGUACAAGUUUUCCGACUUAAUCCAUCACGUUUGGCUUUUGCCCAAAUUGACUCACUGUCAUCUUGAUUUUACCGCCAUGCUUUCGCCUUAUUCUUUCCGACAACCAUUGCGAACAUCCGAAACGAUUGAAUAUUUAUCGAUGAAAACCGUGAAGUUUACCUUCCAAGACUUGUUCGCAUUGCUUCUAUGUACACCAAAUGUUCGACAUGUUCACGCCACACUCCUCGAUCGACAUGCAUCUUUCGAAACGUUCCCUAUCCUUCCAUCCAUCAGCAAACUCAACUUAUCGACCGAUUCUUCGCUACAUCAUCUGAACAAUAUUUUCCAAUCAAUGCCGAAUUUAUCACAUGUCACAUUGGAACUGCCCGAGACAUCCGAUCGGAAAUUUUUAAAUGGUCAUUCUUGGCAAGCGCUCAUCCUUGCUUCUUUAUCGAAGAUCAAAGUCUGGCGAUUUUUCACGACAUAUUCCUUUCAUGAAGAGAUGAUCGUCGAAGAUCACGUCGAGCAAAUACUCGACACCUUUCGAACACCAUUUUAUCUCGAUGAACAUCGCUGGUUCGUUCGAUGUGAUUGGAAUCGACAAAUUACAGGUCGACGACUCUUUCUCUACACGAUGCCAAGUUGCUGUCGGGACAUCUAUGUUGUUCAUCCAUCGUUCCAAUCGAAAUCGACAUAUCCUGAAAAUCCAAAUGUUUCGAAAGGUGUCGAGUAUUUGCUCGACGUGAUCUUCUACGAUCAUCUCUUCAUGAAAGGAAUAUGUCGUGAAAAAUCGCCAGACUUUGAUCUUCGAUAA